GGUAGUGUCACUGUGUCAGUUAGAGGCUAUGGCGCUCCGACUGUUUGCCCCUUCUCCAACCAGCAGAGUUCAAGCGAGAUCUAUCGUGAUUUACCCACCAUUGGCAUCAAAAUUACACGUCGCUUCCUCCUUCUCCAACUCGAUCUCCAGUUUGAUCUUCCCCUUUCAAUGGCGAAACAGAAUACUUCCAUUUUCUCGCCAACUUAGUAGUGCCACUACUACGACGUGUCUGAAACUAGAAGAGAUAAACGCAUCUGAAACUGAAAAUGAGUGGGGGAAGGUAUCGGCCGUUCUGUUUGACAUGGACGGAGUUCUUUGCAAUAGCGAAGAACCAUCUCGAAUGGCCGCAGUUGACGUGUUUGCUGAAAUGGGCGUCGAAGUAACAACCGAGGAUUUCGUGCCCUUCAUGGGAACGGGCGAGGCGAAUUUUCUAGGUGGUGUUGCUUCAGUGAAAGGGGUUAAAGGGUUCAAUCCUGAGUUGGCAAAGAAAAGGUUCUUUGAUAUAUAUCUUAGUAAGUAUGCAAAACCAAACUCUGGAAUUGGAUUUCCAGGUGCCCUUGAACUCAUUAUGCAGUGCAAGGAAAAUGGCCUCAAGGUUGCAGUUGCAUCUAGUGCUGACCGAAUCAAAGUCGAUGCAAACUUGGCUGCUGCUGGUUUACCUGUGUCAAUGUUUGAUGCAAUUGUGUCAGCUGAUGCAUUUGAGAAUCUAAAGCCUGCUCCAGAUAUUUUCAUAGCUGCAUCAAAGAGUUUGAAUGUAACACCUGAUGAGUGUAUUGUAAUUGAAGAUGCACUAGCUGGAGUUCAAGCUGCCAAAGCUGCUAAAAUGAGAUGCAUUGCUGUGACAACUACAUUAUCAGAAGAGACUCUAAAAGAAGCUGGUCCAUCAGUUAUCAGAAAAGAAAUAGGAAAUGUUUCUGUUCAUGACAUUCUCUAUGGUGGUGGUGGUGGUUCUGAUUGUCGUAAUGAGAAGAUGCAGGGUUCCCAGAGUGCUGACUCUUUGGUACAAACUUCUAGAAGAAUGCUCAAAGAGAAAGUGGAUGGUGGGCCAAUCCUGGAGAAAUACUCUACUGAUGAAAGUGUCCUUUCUGUUGGAGGGUUGCAGGGUUCUCGCCGAGAUAUUUUAAGAUAUGGAAGUCUGGGAAUUGCCAUCUCUUGUCUCUUCUUCACAGUCACAAAUUGGAAGGCAAUGCAGUAUGCAUCUCCAAAGGCUAUUAUGAAUUUAUUGUUUGGUGUCAGUGGUCCUACAUUUGAACAGAAUGAAGGCCUAUUAUUCCUGAUAGGAGAAUCCCACCCUGCAAGAAUCAAACAGUUUGUGAAUUAUAUAUCGGAUGUUGAAGCCAGAGGGGCAACUGCUGUUGUUCCAGAGUUUCCCUCAAAACUUGACUGGCUUAAUACAGCUCCACUUAAGUUACAAAAGGAUUUGAAAGGCAAGGUGGUUCUACUGGAUUUUUGGACUUAUUGUUGUAUAAACUGCAUGCAUGUAUUGCCAGAUCUGGAAUUUUUGGAGAAUAAAUACAAGGAUAAGCCGUUCACUGUUGUCGGUGUGCAUUCUGCAAAGUUUGAUAAUGAGAAAGACCUGGAAGCAAUUCGCAAUGCAGUGUUACGCUAUAACAUCACACAUCCGGUUGUCAAUGAUGGGGAUAUGUAUUUAUGGAGAGAAUUAGGUGUAAAUUCCUGGCCUACAUUUGCUCUUGUUAGUCCUAAUGGUGAUCUUUUAGCACAAAUAUCGGGUGAAGGUCAUCGAAAGGAUCUUGAUGAUUUAGUGGAGGCAGCUCUUCUGUAUUAUGGUGAAAAGAAGAUCUUAGACAAUUCUCCCAUUCCAUUGUCUUUGGAGAAAGAUAAUGAUCCUCGCCUAUUAACAUCACCAUUGAAGUUUCCCGGAAAGUUGGCAGUUGACGUUAUGAACAAUAGGCUCUUUAUUUCAGACAGUAAUCAUAACCGCAUUGUGGUUACAGAUCUUGAUGGGAAUUUUAUUGUCCAAGUUGGGAGUACAGGUGAAGAGGGUCUACAAGAUGGCACCUUCGAAGAUGCCACCUUUAAUCGUCCUCAGGGACUAGCAUACAACCCAAGGAAAAAUCUGCUCUAUGUUGCAGACACUGAAAACCAUGCUCUGAGGGAGAUUGAUUUUGUUAGCGAGAAAGUGCGAACUCUUGCUGGCAAUGGAACAAAAGGUUCUGACUAUGAAGGAGGAGGAAAAGGAACCACUCAGCUUCUGAACUCUCCAUGGGAUGUUUGCUUUGAGCCCAACAAAGAGGUAGUUUACAUUGCAAUGGCUGGCCAGCAUCAAAUUUGGGAACACAAUACAUCAGAUGGGACUACUAGAGCUUUUAGUGGUGAUGGUUUUGAGAGAAAUUUGAAUGGAUCAAGCUCUACAAGCACAUCUUUUGCACAGCCUUCGGGAAUGUCGUUCCUCCCCGAUUUGAAGGAGUUAUGCAUAGCUGAUAGUGAGAGUAGUUCCAUCAGAGCACUUGAUCUAAAAACAGGAGGCACAAGAUUACUAGCUGGUGGUGAUCCAGUUUUUGCAGAUAACUUAUUUAAGUUUGGGGACCGUGAUGGUGUAGGCUCUGAUGCACUUUUUCAACACCCUUUGGGUGUCUUAUAUGGAAAAGAUGGUCAGAUUUAUAUUGCAGAUUCGUAUAAUCACAAGAUUAAGAAACUAUACCCAGACAGCAAGAAAGUUGUUACGAUAGCAGGAACUGGGCGUGCAGGUUUCAAGGAUGGAUCUGCCCUGUCAGCUCAGCUCUCAGAGCCAUCGGGAAUUGUUGAUGCAGGAAAUGGAAGACUUCUUAUAGCUGAUACAAAUAACAGCAUAAUCAGAUACUUAGACUUGAACAAAGCAGAUCUUGAACUCUUUACUUUGGAGCUAAAAGGAGUUCAGCCUCCCUCUCCAAAAUCUAAAUCUUUGAAACGCCUUAGAAGGCGGUUAACAGCAGAUGUGCGCACUAUUACAGUUGAUGGUGGUUCGUCCAUGGAAGGCAACUUGUAUCUUAAAAUAUCAGUACCAGGAGGAUACCAUUUCUCCAAGGAAGCACAAAGCAAAUUCAGUGUUGAAACUGAACCAGAAAAUGCUUUAAUAAUUGAACCAUUGGAUGGGAUUAUCACUCCUGAAGGAUCUGCAGUACUUCAUUUCAGGAGAUCCUCAACAUCAUCUGCCAUUGGUAGAAUAAACUGCAAGGUAUAUUACUGCAAGGAGGAUGAGAUCUGCUUAUACCAGUCAAUAUCUUUUCAAGUACCUUUUAAGGAGGAAGUUUUGGACUCUAACCCAGCAGAAAUCACACUUCCAUUUAUUGUGAAACCCAAAGUUCCCACAGGGAGCUUACAACUACAAGUUUCCCGUUAAUGCAAACCACCUUCUAUAUUUGUACUGCAGGUUUGAUGUAGAUCUCUCAUUCAUGGUUAUAUUCAUGCCACUUAAUUCUAGUCAUGAAAAGGUGAAGAAGCUACUAAAGUGGUAGCAUUUUGAUCAUCCGGAACAGCUUCUAGUUGAUCUAUCAGAUAAAUUGAUUGAUCGAUAUUUUUUUGUCCCUUUUAAUGUCCAAUCAGACUUUACUGUUCA